AUGGAAGAUUCUCUUGCGACAAGAGAGAGUUCCAUGAAGUCUAAGCCUCCUAUCUCAGCAGAAUAUUUCGCUAAACAAAUUGUUAAAGACUUCGAAAACCUGAAAAUUGGCAGAGUUGAGUAUUAUCGUGGAACUUUGGCCACCGUGAUGAGCCUUUUCCAAUAUCUACCGAGGUUUUUUAAGACAAAGUUUGUUCUUAAAAAAUUAGCUUUAGACGUUGUUUUUGCGAAUAUUAGAAAAAUAUAUAAUUCUUGA